GUAAUCAUGACAGUAGCAGAGGAUUUGUUGUGUUCCGCUUCUCAGAACAGUCGCAUUUCACUGCAGCGAACACAGGCUGGAUGGCUGUUGAUAUCGGCCCUCAUGACAUUAGGUCCUGCAGUUGUCCAACACCAUCUGCCGCGAAUGUUGUUACUGUGGAAGUGCAUCUUUCCAUCAUCUCCAAAAGACUUAGAAAUAGAGAAGACUCGAGGAGAUUCUUUUACCUGGCAAGUAACACUAGAAGGUCGUGCUGGUGCUCUCUGUGCUAUCAAAAGCUUUGUUUCCCACUGUGCUGGUCUUCUUACGGAUGAAGUUGUUCAGAGACUUCUUCCUCCUCUCCCAAGUGCUGUUGAUUUGUUGACACAGCUUUCUUCAAUAUAUAAAUCAUAUGGAAAUGCUUUAAAAACAUCAUCAAUGGUUUACAGACAUAAACUUUAUGAACUACUAGCAGUAUUGCCUCCAAAGACCUAUGAAGGAAGUUUCUGUGCUGUUCUAAAAGAGUUACUGGCUGACUUGACUGUCCCAGAUAGCCAGAUCGAUGCCUCUACAUUCUUACUUCCACCCCUUUGUCAUGAGAAUGAUGUCCUUUUACUUGGUCCCUUACUGCAGGAGACUGACCACCGAUUUAUCGAGGAACAGCUCCUUUUAGGUAACAGCAUAGCUGGCGGCAGCCUGGAGUAUGACCCUUACUCAAUUUAUGAGAAAGUUGCAAAAGGUGAUUCAGUACCUAAACCACUACCUCCUGUAUUGUGUGUUAUCAGUGCGGCAACUCGUCUUUUUGGAGUUAUGUUUUCCCAUGUAGCAGAAUCUCACAGGCUCCAGGUGUUAGAACAGUUUUUGAAUUCCAUAAAGCAAACAAAAGGAUCACGGCAGCAAAUAGUACAACUAAAUGUUGUGUCAGCCUUUUCUACUUCCUUAAAGCACUUGGCUAACUGCAAGGGAAGUUUAGGUCCAGAAGAAGUUAGAAGGUCUGCCCUGGCAUUGGUAAUGGGUGCCUUGGAAAGCAAUAAUCCACUCCUAAGAUGUGCUGCUGCAGAGUGUUUGGCCAGGUUGGCACAGGUGGUUUCUGACAGUGCCUUCACUGCUGGAUUAGCACAAGUCAGUUUUGACAAGCUAAAAUCUGCUAGGGAUGUGGUAUCAAGAACAGGUCAUUCUUUGGCUCUGGGAUGUCUGUAUAGGUACCUAGGAGGAAUAGGUUCUACUCAGCACCUGAAUGCAUGUGUUGGAAUCCUUUAUACUUUAUCUCAGGACAGUACUUCUCCUGAUGUCCAGGCAUGGGCACUACAUUCUCUAUCACUGAUAGUAGAUUUAGCUGGCCCCUUGUAUCAUGUGCAUGUGGAACCUACCUUGUCUCUUGUUCUCAUGUUGUUGUUGACUGUGCAUCCUGCUUACGCUGAAGUUCACCAAAGCCUUGGUCGCUGUUUAAAUGCACUUAUUACCAUGCUGGGCCCUGAGUUGCAAGGCCGCAGUACAACAGUUUCAGCCUUAAGAACUUCCUGUCUCCUGGGCUGUGCGGUGAUGCAGGAUAAUCCUGACUGCCUGGUUCAGGCUCAAGCCAUCUCUUGCCUGCAGCAGCUUCAUAUGUUUGCUCCCCGACAUGUCAACCUGUCUAGCCUUGUAAGCUCCCUAUGUGUGAAUCUCUGUAGCUCAUACUUACUACUGAGACGUGCAGUAGUAGCUUGCUUACGUCAGCUUGUGCAAAGAGAAGCUGCUGAGGUAUCAGAAUAUGCUGUUGCGUUAGUUAAAGAGAGCAGAGAAGAUUUUACUCCAGAUGUUAACAUCAGAGAAGUAGGCCUGGAGGGGGCAUUACUGGGCUUGCUGGACAAAGAAUUGGAUCAAAGAUUGUGUCAAGAUAUCAAAGAGACUCUGACUCAUAUGCUUACUUCAAUGGCAGUUGAAAAGCUCUCUUUUUGGCUGAAGCUUUGUAAAGAUGUUCUUGCUGCCUCAGCUGAUUUCAAUACAGUAGCUUCAGUAGAUACCACUCAAGAAGAGGAAACUGCCAAAGUGGAUGAUGCAUCUGUAUUAACAUCUGACAGUGAUGAGAGGUUCCAUCCUUUCAGUAAUCCACGGUGGUCUACCAGAGUUUUUGCUGCAGAGUGUAUUUGUAAAAUUAUAAGGCAGUGUGAAAAUGCAGGCAGUACACAUUUUGACAUAACUUUGGCUCAGGAAAGAAAACAACGUGAUUCAAGAGAUGACUUUUUGGUAUUACAUUUAGCUGACUUGAUCCGUAUGGCUUUUAUGGCUGCCACAGACCACAGUGAUCAACUUCGUCUUUCUGGGCUUCAAACAUUGCUAAUUGUUGUUCGGAAGUUUGCAGCUGUUCCCGAACCAGAGUUUCCAGGUCAUCUAAUUCUGGAGCAAUAUCAGGCCAAUAUUGGAGCAGCACUUAGGCCUGCCUUUGCUCCUGAAACACCUCCUGAUGUCACAGCAGAAGCAUGUCAGGUAUGCAGUGCCUGGAUAGCAAGUGGUGUAGUAAGUGAUCUCAAUGACCUUCGAAGGGUUCAUCAGUUGCUUGUGUCCUCUUUGGUGAAAGUGCAGGCUGGGAAAGAAGCACAAAGUCACCAAUAUAAUGAAAGCACCUCAACUAUGGAGAUACUGGCUGUGCUUAAAGCUUGGGCAGAGGUUAGUGUAACAGCUCUUUAA